GUUGGGACUUAUUUUCAAAGGAUCAAGAUGAAAGUGAAUUUAGGACUGGGACAGUUUCUUGCAAGGGAAUUUUGAGUCCUCAUCUGCAGUACACAUUUAAAGCACUUUAAAAGUCUGGGUGGUGGUGGGUUUUUCGGGGGGAGGGGGUUUCCUUGGUACCCAAAUAAUAUCCACCCUGCAAUGUCCACCCUACCCCUUCUAUAAAGGGAAGCACGUAAAAGCAACGAAGACCCAGGCAGCAGCGGCAGCCGCAUCCUAGUAUCCCCCGCUUCCCUGGAUUUAGUGUAACAGGGAAGCGGGUAGAGAAAAAGACAGAGACGGAGAACGCGGACACGCAGGAGGGAGGCAACGGCGGUGACGGGAGGGAGGAGCUCAGCGUUCGUCUCAGCGGAGGAGGAGGAAUAGCAGCAUUUCCCCUUGGAAUAAGGGACCGUCGCUUAUUAUAAGGGAGAGGUGGCGACCUUAAGGCAUAUGACGCUGCUGAUGCUCCUGCUGUGACGACCCCUCAGCUGGACACCAGCGGGGCCCCAGAUCGCCCAACCUCUGGCUGGCAAGACGUCCAAAGGCCAGUUGCAGAACGUCGCCUCAGAGGCCGCCUGGCCCCCGGGAGAAGCGACAAUGCCGGCCCGAUCUGAUCAGAUGCUCUGCUGGGUGGUCUUCGCUUUUAUUUUUAUCGUGUAUUUUUUGUUUCUAUAUUGUGAAUUUAUUUUGUUGCCGUUCUGAGACCUGCUGGUAUAGGGCGGCGUACAAAUUUAAUAAAGAACAGCAAUAAUUUUAUUUUUUUCCCCACCCCCUCCUCCCUUUCUGCUGGUGGGAAGAGCGGAGCGACAUUUCCAGUCAAGCGGCCUAUAGCGGCGACUUUGCCGCGUCGUCCUGCGGCGCCUUUAAGGGCCGCCGGCAGCUCCCUCGUCAUGCGCAAGAGCCGCCUAACCGGGAAGCGCUUGUGCGGCCGCCCAGAGGAGGAGGAGGAAGAAGAGCCGCAUCCACCACGAACCGGCUUGUUGUGUGGGAAGCGGGUUUGAGGGGGCACAGUGAGAGGAAGAGGCGCGGGAAGGCCCGAAGCGGCGCGCGGGGGGAAGAGGCGGUUGCUCGGCGCCGAGGGGCUCUUCUCCCGCUGCCAUGGCGACGGCCGCCAGCCAGGACUACUACUUGGCGCUGUGCGCGCGGCCCGUGCACUUCGAGAAGGCGAGCCCCGUCAACUGCGUCUUCUUCGACGAGGCCAAUAAGCAGGUGAGGGGGUGGGGUGGGGCUCAGGGCCGUGGGAAGGGGCGGAACCCGCCGGGCAGCCCGUUCCCUUCCUCCCCCCCCCCCGCGCCUGCCCCCGUGGAACCGGCCGGUCACGCGCUCGCUGUCGCCGCCGCCCCUGGGAUAGCAGGCGCCUCAUAAUAAUAAUAAUAAAUACAGGCAAAGGCAGGAGCUUCCCAACUUUCCCAGACCGGCCCCUCCCUUCAAAAACAAAACCCCCAGCUGCAGCUGCAGUCUAUAGCUCCAGAGCUGCUCUUGCCACUCUCUUCCCCCCGCAGUGUGGGCCCUAAUUCGUGCCUUGUUUUCCCCUGAGGCGACUCAAUGUAAUGGGAGGGCGGGGGGGGGUCUCCUCUACCUCUCAACAGUUGCUCCGCAGGUGGGAUUUUUAAUGCAGGGAUGAGAGGGAAAAGGGCGCUAGGCGAAAUUUGAGAAAAACUUGUUUAAAUGUGCAGGAAGCCUGUGGUCUUUAAAAAAAUAAAAUCCGAUGAAUCUCCUCUCUUUGCCUUCCUUGGAAAGAAUGGUGCUUUGUGGACCAUCUUAGAAGGGUGUGUAUUCCAUCCACUUGCAAAUCCGGAUUUAGCUGUUGAAAGCCAGUGCUAGAAUCCAGAUCUACUGGACUGGGUGGCUUCUGUAACUACUGAUGCUGAUAUAUAUUUAUAGCCUGGUCAUCAUCACAUAGCUUAAUCCCGCAGUGGGGAACAACUAAAUAAAAACAAUAGCAAAUAUAUACACAGAAAAAAGUUAUGAGUCCAUAAAAAUCUAUUAAGUAACACACAAAUUAACAACUCAGUCAGGAAAACAGCCCUGAGAAUUAUUAUGAUUCAGAGUCUUCUCAGUAAAAGAUAUUUAGUGCUGUAGGCAGGCCUUGUGUGAGAAUUUUGACCCACAGCUGUUGGAGCUGCAGCAAGGCUCUCCAACUAGGUUGUAGGAUGGCUGCUUUUCUUUUUUACAGAAAAAUGGUUCCUGCAAUAUGUUUGAAGUAAUAUAACCAGUAAGAAGGGUGGAUGUUGGGCAGCACUGCCUAUCAUCUUGUGAAAUGUUUGUAUCUGUAAAAUGACCAGGUGGAACAAGGAACUUCUUUUAAUAGUUGCAAAGAAGGGGAAGUUCAGGUGCAGCUCAUUGUGACUUAGGCUGUGGGGAAACUGCCCUUGCUGAUGCUUUCGGUUCUACAAAAAAGUUAAAUGUUCAGUUCCCUCUCUGUUCUGAGCAUUGACUUUUUUGGGUGUUCUUCUGGCUCUCUGGAAUUAGUACUUGCUUUGUCUGGUAGGGAUGUCCACAUUGUUGCAUCAUAUAGACAGUUUGCUUCAGUUUACUAAUAGAACACAAAUCAUGCUAUGGGCAGAAAGGUGAAGGCCAAAUUGGGUGUCCAUUUCACAAUCUCUGCACCUACCAUGAGUUUACCUUCAGCACUUCAAUUUGCUAGCAGAGAUAGUUUUUUCUUGAAUCAGUUUUUUAAAGGUGCCAUAAAUAACUCAUGAGAGAAAAUUCUAUCCCUUUUCUUAAUGCAAGAGCCAAAACUGAUAUAAUUUGCAAUAUUUUUAUUGAAAAAUACAACUUCUAGUGACAAUCACAUGUCUGAAACACUAAUUUAAUUAGUGGGUGCUUUCAUGUGAUCUCUUUGUACUCCAUGUGAUUGCUUAAGUUUCUUGAACGGGCUUCAUGUGAGCUUGGUCUUAAAGACAACUGGGAAUCUGAAAUUUGACAUCAAAGCCUGUGUUUGCCACACUGUAGCUUUGACAUCUCUUUGGUCUGUUUAAACAGAUAUGUGCUGUGACAUCCUUCUGCUGGUAAUUGGACUAAACAAACAAAAAAAAUUUCCUCCCACGUGCGAACUAUUGCAAUGCACAUUUGACUGUGUGUAUGCCUGCAGUUGUUGAACUAGAAGAACAUUUGACACAAAUUUUCACAAUCUCAGAAGCACCCUUUUUAGCUGUUCAUGGUUAUGGAAGUUGUGACUGUUUUGUGUGUGCACAGUCUGGUUAUCAGUGAACUUUUCCAAUAAGCAUAUUGUUUGUUUAAACCAUCUCUAUCCUGCCUUUCUAAAUGUGCCCAGGCAUAAAAUACAUCCCAGAGCAAAUAAGUACAAACAAAAUAACUGUAGAAAACAGUUUCUACUUUCACUCUUGCCAACCCAUUUCCUUGUCCUCACUAGCUAAAGCACUUGGGUAAUUCCCUUAAUGAGGCAAAGGAAGCUGCGAAACUUGAGCAGCUACUGAAAGCGCACUGCCCCUCAUUCCAGCCAGCGUUACCUGAACAGCCUUGUCUUAGCAGGCAGAUAAGUGUAUUUGAGGAGAUGUGAUCUCUGAGAUGCAUGUGACUUCUGACUGCCAUUGAGCUCCUUGUUUCGGGUUCAUAAGCUCACUGGCAGCUUGUACAAAUUUAUAUGCCACCACUUGCCCAAGGCCACCAACAGUUGAGUUGCAGCUUCUGCGCAAUCUUUGGGAGUGGUAUCAUGUAAGAAUGAAUUAUGCAACUGACAUAUUCUAACCUAGUAUUUAUCAGUAGGGAGAAGUCAUUGGAAGCAAGCCUCACAUUGCCCUAGCUGGGGAGGACCCAUGAGCAGCAUGCAAGUGGCCAAGAAGGAACUGCAACUGUUGCCAUUUAGAGAAAAUAAUGAGAACUGGUCCUUUAUAUUUUAAAUAAAACAGUUAAACCAAUUGUUUAAAUGAGUAAUGCAUUAAAUUAAACUACAUUCAUAAUUAGAAAGGGAUACAGUGGUACCUCGGGUUACAGACCCUUCAGGUUACAGACUCCACUAACCCAGAAAUAGUACCUUGGGUUAAGAACUUUGCUUCAGGAUGAGAACAGAAAUCAUGCGGCGGCAGCGGGAGGCCCCAUUAGCUAAAAUGGUGCUUCAGGUUAAGAACAGUUUCGGGUUAAGAACGGCCCUCCAGAACGAAUUAAGUUCUUAACCCGAGGUACCACUGUAAUUAGAAAUUCUGAUGUUUAUCUUACUUUGAAAGUUUCUAGAGCAGUGGUUCUUAACCUUGUUAGCGUCAUGGGUCCCUUUGAGAAUCUGAUGAAAGCUAUUGACCCCCUCCCCAGUAAAAUGCACAUAAACAUAUAUACACAAACUUUUGCAUCAAGCUUGCUCCCCCCCCACUUUUUUUCUUUUUUUCUUCUUCUUCUUCUUCUUUUUUUUUGCUCCUAGUUCAUUGACCCUGUGAAGCCCAUCCAUGAACCACAGGUUAAGAACCACGAAUGAAUGAAUGAAUGAAUGAAUUGAUUUCAGUCACUGACCACAGUGAGUUAAGAACCCUGCACUAAAAUGAACCUAAAUCCGGAUAUUAACUUUUUAAUUACUUAGGUUUUUGCUGUUAGAUCUGGUGGAGCUACUGGGGUCGUAGUUAAAGGCUUGGAAGACCGUAAUCCCAUCUCAUUCAGGUAAGUGUGCUCUAAAACAGGUUUGCUGUUUAAAAUGGCCAUAAAUUAUCUCCUCUGACAAUUUAUUGUUUUAUAGAAUGGAAGACAAAGGGGAAGUGAAGUGCAUCAAAUUUUCUUUGGGCAACAAGAUAUUGGCUGUCCAGAGAACAUCAAAGAAUGUGGUAAGAAAUUGCAAGUUUAAAAAAAUACAUAGCUCAGAUAGUCAAGCACACUGAAAUCGAGGCUAAUAGAGUAGCUGAUAAUGUUAAUACAGUCACUGUGGCUUAGAAGUACAGUGGUAGCUUGGUUUACGAACUUAAUCCGUUCCGGAAGUCCGUUCUUAAACCAAAACUGUUCUUAAACCAAGGUGCGCUUUCCCUAAUGAGGCCUCCCACCGUCAAUGCUCUUCCACCGUUCGGAUUCUGUUCUUAGACUGAGGUAAAGUUCUCAAACCAAGACACUAUUUCUGGUUUUGCUGAGUUUGUAAACCAAAUCUUUCUUAAACCGAGGUACCACUGUAAUUAGGGAAAGGAAGAUUAAAGAAACUUGAUUGAAUCGAUCCUCUUGGGUUUUAUUUCUUUAUUCUAUUCAAACCUCUGUCUAGGGGCAUGUGGGAGUGUUUAUAGCCAUUUCUUUUGUCCUUGGUGGCUGAUGUCUUGUAAUGGGUUCUCUGCAGGGUUUUUUUUUCUUUUAUUUUGUUUUAAUAUAUUUACUAAUAGCUUACCCUGAGUGCAACUGCAGCUCUGGAGGCAAGAGCUUUGGAUCUGAAUUAUGACAGUAUUAUGAUUCACCAUUACAUUUGUCUGUAAAUAAUUUUCUCCUUUACAUUUCUGCAGUGUCUUGAACAGUAUUGCAUUCCAUGGCCAAUUAAAGUUUAGGGAGCAUUUAGGUGGAAAGUAGGAUAUUAAAACAGAAAAGAAGCUCUUAGAUGUCUGUCUUAAUUUACGAAGAAGAGAAAUUCAAGUAUAUUAAUAGGCUUACUCUAUGCAGUUAGGUGUGCCUAAGCCAUGGCUGGGCAAACUAAGGCCCAGGGGCCGGAUCCAGCCCAAUCUCCUUCUCAAUCCGGCCCAUGGAUGGUCCGGGAAUCAGUUUGUUUUUACAUGAGUAGAAUGUGUCCUUUUAUUUAAAAUGCAUCUCUGGGUUAUUUGUGGGGCACAGGAAUUCGUUCAUAUAUUUUUUUUUUCAAAAUAUAGUCCGGCCCCCCACAAGGUCUGAGGGACAGUGAACUGGCCCCCUGCUGAAAAAGUUUGCUGACCCCUGGCUAAGCCAAUUAAAAUCAGUGAGCUUAGAUGUACCUAACACUGUGUGGUUUCAGCCUAUGUGUUUCUUAAUUGCUGCUUUUCUUGUUGUUCCAGGACUUUCUGAACUUCAUUCCAGACUUCCCACAGAUAGAAUAUACUCAAGAAUGCAAGGUACAUUUAAACAAAUACUGUUAACUUAGUUAAACUAAGUUAAAUCUUUAAAAUAUUGUAACCUCCAUUAACCUUCAGUUUGCUGGUUCAUAAAAAAAGUUUCAAAAUGCAAAAUGGAGUCAUCUCACUUUUAUUAUUGUAGUUCUUCAGAAUGCUUUAGGUUCUAGUUGCCCACCAUCACCAGUAUUCUUGCCUUUAAAAAUAAUGUUGACCAUCAGCAAGGUUUAGCCAGUAGCUCUCAUUUUACAGUGAUGAACAUUGGGAGGUGAGGAAGAGAAAGCUUGUUCAUUUAAGUGAAUCAGAUUUCAUAGUUUGAAGUAUUAAAAUCCCCAAAUCCGUUCUUGAACAAGCAGUAGAAAGUGACAAAGAAGUCCCAAGCAUAUAUAAUGAACAGUCCUCUUUCAAGAGGCAGAGCCCUUCUGCUUUUUUAGGAACCUCUCUUGCUUAUAAUCAAUUUUGAAAAGUACUCAGCCACUUCAUGAGAUUGCAGUGCAGAUAAUGUACCCUUGAAGUGCAGUUUCUCUUCCCAUUUAGUUAGUCUUGCAAUCUGUUCUGAAGCAUUUAUUCAAUGGAAGCCCGUGAAAAAAUUUCAGUUAUCCUAUCUUGAAAAAGCUAGCUCACUGUGCUGAUGUUCAUAGUGAUAUGAAUCAAUUCUUCCCAUAUUUCUCCAAAAUCCAGUUUUGUAAUUUACCUGCUUGAGUGGAUUCAGGAAACCACUAAUCCUGUGCAAACCGCUAUGCUAGCUCAUGCUGUCCCAUGUCCCUUCAUCACGUGUUCCUGAAUGCAUGGAGAGGGUAGUCUGAAUUGUGCUUGUGUACAUGCAAUUUUAUUUCAUAGAACCUACAUCCAUGUGAGAAAUUCUAAUUAUUUGAAGCAGCUUUUAGAGUCAUUGUGAAAGAGUCCAAUACAGCAGCUUUCUGUUGUUGGUGUUGUUGAUGAAUUUCCUCACCUUUCUGCAAAAGUACACAAGUUGUGUCAUAAGACAGACUAUUCUGUAAUUCUGGUGUCUCUGACACAUGGCUGACCAACUUUUCCUGAAAACCUCAAGACUGCUUGUAGGUGUUUUCUAAUGCUCUAGUCAGUCUUUUGUAGUUUAAGCCUAUUGCUUCUUGUGUGAUCCUUAGUGGGCAGUGUGAAUAGCAUGCAACAAACAUUCUCCCGUUAUUUUUUAUAUUUCUUAAACCUAGUAACUGAUGCAGAGUAUUUCAAUCCCCUGGCAACUCAGGGGAUUAGAAUUAAUUCAGAUUAAUUUUGCUUUGUCCAUUUUUCACCAUGCUUCUAGUCAUUUGGAAUGGAGCAUUAUGAGUAACAUCUAGCACAGAUAGUUACAGAUACAAGUAACAGAUACAACAUAAUGAUUCACAUGACUGACAUUGGAUGCCUUUGCUUAACAUGUGUGGAGUUGCAUUUUUUCGUGAGAGGGUGAUGAGAUAGCCAUGUUAUCAGAUGACCUGUUUUACAGUAUAACUGCUACAAAUCUUCACUGAAUAUUUCAGUUGCAUUUGAAAGCUUAAUGUUGCAAUGAACUUAGUAGAAUUUGCUCUGAGUAUGCAUGCAUAGGAUGAGAUUCUAAGUUUAGUUUCAUAUUUCUUUAUUAUAAACUAAGCUUUAGGAUGAUUGACAAGGGUAUGUGAUAAUAUAAUACUUGUAUUUGCAUAGUGACAAAUUUGCAGAAUGUACUGUAUAUGAUAAAAUAUUGUCAAUGAGGAUUCAUAUUUGCUUGGAAGCUUUACUUGCACAUCACAAGCACUUGUGACACUCUUGAACGCGGGGGACUCCUUUCUAGAUUAACAGCUGGAACUGAAACAUGUAAACUAGAACAGGAGACCCAUGAUAAUUCUGCCUUAAAUGAACUUGUAUGCAUAUUCGCCUAUUUCAACUGAAUGUUGUUUGCUGUUAAAGACCAAGAAUGCCAACAUUUUAGGAUUCUGCUGGACAGGCUCUGCAGAAAUUGUCUUCAUAACAGAUCAGGGAAUUGAAUUUUAUCAGGUAAGAAAAACAAUCUGAUCUCUUUUUUUAAAGUAUGUUACGUUGUUCUGCCAUAUUUGCUCUGCUUUAAAGGCCAAGUGACAUUUCAGUGCCAGAUGAACUAAAUCCUGUAAUUUUGUGUUUGGCUUUUGAAAUUUAAUUUUUCCUUUCCACACUUAAGUAAACCCAUAUUGGUGAAGAAGGAAAUGAAUAUUCUAAUACAAUACUGCAGGAAAGAUCUAUCAGCAGUGCUCCUAAUUCUAAGCAGUUAGUGGGACCACAGGAAGGGCCCGUCCCUCCAGAUCGCAAGGCUUGAGGUGAUGGAUGUUGGGAGAGGCUCUCCUUAAAGUAUUUGUGUCAGGGCUUUAUAUCAUAAUGUCAGUACGUCUAAUUGGCCUCAGUAGCGUAUAGGGAGCCAGUGCAGCUGCUUCAAGAAUCAGUGUUACCUGAUUCCACUUUGAUACACACCUGACAUCUGAAGGCAGCCCUGUUUAGGGAAGUUUUUAAUGUUUGAUGCUGUGUAUUGUGUUUUUAAUAUUCGGUUGGAAGCCGCCUAGAGUGGCUGGGGAAACCCAGCCAGAUGGGCGGGGUAUAAAUGAAUUAUUGUUGUUGUUGUUGUUGUCAUUAAUAAUAACAAUAAUAAUAAUAAUAAUAUCACACAACUCAGAAGUUUUGACAACCAAAUUCUGCACAUGCCGUCUGCCCACCUAGAGCAAAUUUAAAUAUUUCUUAGGAUUAGCAACUGUAAAAUAUAUUGCAUUUCUGGAAAUAUACUGGAAUUUGUUUGUGUCUUCAGGUGUUACCAGAGAAGCGAACUUUAAAACUUUUGAAGAGUCAGAAUAUCAACGUAAACUGGUACAUGUACUGUCCUGAGAGUUCCGUAAUUCUUCUGUCUACCACAGUUCUUGGAAAUGUUCUACAGCCAUUCUAUUUUAAGGUAAUAGUAGUAUUCGAGUGUCCAGUGUUAUCAUCCACAUUGCUUUAAUUAGCUGCUCAGAGAGCUUUUUAAAAAUAUGCUGCGUUUCACUACAUUCCCUUGCCUUUCAUUUCCUCCCAAAUGUACACACCUUUCCUACUUCUUUGGUUUUAAGCUUGGCUAUGUUUUAUAUGGCACGUGGAGGUGCUGUUUGUAUGCUCUGGUCAGCAAAUGCUUUAUCUGGAAGACAGUUUUGUGAGGAGGGUGUGUGUGUGCUGGAACUUGGAAGCAUCAUGGAGCUGCAGCAAAUCUCUACUUCUUUUCAUAUAUCUACCAUCUGUCCCCAGAAUUUAUGAAAAACCCACCUUCUAUUCAGCACCUGCUUUGACCUGUAGAUUUUUUUUAUGUUGUCAAGAUUUCAAAGGAAAAGUCUCCAGUAAAAUAUGUCAGUCAUAAUGUAUAACUUUUGUUUUAACCCCAUGACUUAAUUUCAUUUUCCCCAAAGAUGAGGUUUUUGAAAGUUGAUUUAGUAGUGCAGGUUACAGCUGCAAAUUAAUUUUGAGAACAGAGUAUAAGGGGGGGAGGGCAGAUUCAGAGCCAGCAGAAUAUUUUUAGAUGACAAAGUACCGUGGACAUUUUCUAGCUUCGGUUUGUGCUUGCUUACUUAAUAGUUAAUGUUGGAAUAUUAAGUAGCGAAAUGGAUGCCUCGGAUAGGUUAGUUAUUUAAUGAACAGUUCACUCAAUUGUAAACCUAUUUUUGUGGAUCAUUAAAAUCAACAAGUGUAUUAAGUUGCAAAUUUAGAAUUGCAAGUUUCAAACUUCAUUUUACUGCUUGGUACUGGGCACGCUCAAGUUUCUGCGAGAAAAUAUUGUAGGCUGGGAUAAUUUUUAUGAAAACCAUAAGAGGAACCACAUAGAAUUAGAAUUAUAUGCAACCUUUUCAACAUGCUUUCUUCUAGGGUGGAACUAUGUCAAAGCUGUCCAAGUUUGAAAUUGAAUUACUUGCAGCUCCAAAGGCAUCCAAACUCAGUCUUUCUGAAAGAGAUAUUGCUAUGGCUACAAUGUAAGUAUUAUUGUGGGUUUUUUCCCCUCCCUUUAGAUUUAUGUCCUAAAAUAUGUGGACACGUUGCCCUUAAUAUCUCUUCCUUUUUUUCUUUCUUACUAAGCAAUUGGUUUGCUCUACAGUUCUGUUUCCUAAGAGAGGAUGUGAAAUAGCUACAGAUAACAGCCACUUUCUAAGUCCAUUUAUUUCAGUGAACAAAGGAAAGAAGAAACUUAAAAUGUACACAGCAGAGCAAGUUACUGAAGCCUAGUUUGUUUUGAAUUCAAAGAGUCCCCUCUUGAACACCUUAAAAUUGAUUUUUCCCCCCUAAAAGGAACUGCUUGAGACAGGCAAAGACCCUGACCCAGUCCUCCCUAUAUUCACUAUAUUCUCUUUAUUUGGUUACUACAAGAGUGCAUUUCAUCUUUUCAGCCCAGAAUCUUUAAAUUCCCCUUUCCUUUCAGCUUGAAAAAUACUGGUCCUUUCUGUGCAGCUUUGAAGUCGCACCUAUCCUUAGUUCCAUGGAUUGGCACCUUUUAAAAAUUAACUCUGUAUUAAUUUCAGUGCAAGGAAACUUUAAGUCUUCCCCAAAGGAAAUAAUGAUUCUACUGUGAUGGGUUCCACUUAUGGAAUUGUAGCCUUUAUUUAGAAGCAUUAUCAAUAUACAGUAUUGUAAAUUAUAAUGGCUGUCAAGAGAGACCUUAGAAAUCCAUCCAUACCCUUUUCUUUGAAAUUUACUCAUGAGUUCAUACAAAAUAGAAUAAUUUUAUCUCCUUAGAUAUGGGCAACUUUAUGUUCUGUACUUGAGACACCACUCACGGACAUCCAACAGCACGGGAGCUGAAGUAGUUCUUUAUCACUUACCAAGGCAAGUUUGUCUGUUAUUUAUAAUUUUGAUUCGAUUGUUAAGAUUAAAGAAUUAUAAAAUAAUAAUAAAAUCAAUGCUUUUGAUGAUAAUAUGCUCUCUGUCUCUCCAUGCUUAAAUCUACCACAGAGAAGGCUCCUGCAAGAAGUUGCAUAUAUUGAAGUUAUACAGGACUGGCAAGUUUGCACUAAAUGUUGUGGACAACUUGGUGGUAGUUCAUCAUCAGGAUACUGAGGUACUAUUUCUCCCUGUGGUUUUAUUUCUCAUAUUAAACAUUAACAGGUGGAGCCUUCCAUUUUAUCUUCCUUUGCCCGCUUGUGCUUCAGAUUGUUAAGAUCAUUCAUUAUAUACAAGAAUAAAGUUAUGUGAAAGUUGUAGCUGUGUAGGGCACGACAAAUCUUUUAAGAACAUCGAAAGAGCCUGCUGGAUCAAGGCCAUGGUCCUUCUAGUCCAGCAUCCUGUUCUGACAGUGGCCAACCAGAUGCCUGUGAGAAAGCAGCAAACAAGAGCACCCAGCCCUCAACCCUCCUGUGCUUUCCAGGAACUGGUGUUCAAAACCAUUACUGCCUCCAAUUGUGAAGACAGAGCAUAGCCAUUAUGGCUAGUAGCCCCCAAUAGCCCUUUGGUGAGAUCUAGAUACCUUCAUGUGCAAAAAGAAUUCCACUAGCACAACAGAACUUCCGCUGUUCCGGAGGCUCCGCCCCGCCUUUGCUACUCCAGUGCUCGAUGGCUGUUGAUAGUCUAGGAACAAAGCCCACUACCAUGUGUCAUUAGGGGAUUAUUUUAAAAAUCAAUGUGUGUAAUUAGUUAUCAUAUCGUAGAAGGAUGGAGGAGGAUGGAAGAGAAGUAAAUCAGUAACUUCAUAUUGUGGUGUGAUGAAACUGGGGAGAAGUCCUGUUAAACCAAGAGAACACGAGGAGUGGGGAAAGGAGAGGCAAAAGGGAGCCUGCAUGCGAAAUAGCUGUGCUCAGUGUUUGGGGGAAAUUGGUGAAUGAGAUUGUAUGCAUGUUGACCUAUUACGAGUAUAACUUCACAUGUGAAUUUAGGCAAAAGACAGCUGGUUACUGGCAGCACUGCGAGUGAUUUUGCUAGGGUGGAUAAAUGGGCAAGUUGUAAUUCUGACAUGCAUCUUAAGUAUGUGCCUGUGGUCUGAUUGUAAAUGGGCUGUAUGUGAGUUUUGGCUUUGGUCCCACUCUCUGUUAGCAGUUGGCCCUUGAAGGUCCUCCACACCUCAUAUCAGAAGUCUGACAAGGCUACUCCACCAUUUUUGCACUUUUUCAUAUACGUAGAACUAGUUUUGAUGUGCAUCACAAGGGAACUUAUUUCUUUUUGUCAAUUUUAGACCUCUAUUAUAUUUGAUAUCAGACUCAAAGGAGAAUCUGAUGGCACAGUUACCCUUCACCAGCUUGUACUUCCAGCUCGAUCUAUACAACCCUAUCAGAUUCCUGUGGCAGGUAGGGGUCUUUUGUUUUCUGUUUAACUAGCUUGGAAAUCUAGUUGGUACAGAGAUCUAAAGAAAGAGAUACUGGAAAAUGUAACAUUUGACUGUGCAUCUAUCACUUGGGUUUCCAUUUUAUUUAAUAACUAAGGAAUAAUACUGUUUAACUUCUGCUAAAUGUUUCAAAUAUCUUGUUCACGGGAAGAAACAGUAUCAUCUCUAGGCUGUUGGCUGUCAUUGCCUGGAGAGAGCUAGCAGGUCCCCUGGCCAGGGGGAAGCUUCCCCUUCUUGUGUUUGCCCCCCCCCCCCAAUGAUUGCAGCUUUUAAGCAGCCUGUGCCUCUACACCAGAGUAGUCUUCAGCUCCAUGUGAAACACUGUGAAAAUUUCAUGUUCAUAUGUCAAUUUGAACGGGAUUUGGAAGAUGAAGACUGGCUAGAGUCUUUGCUUCCUGAUCCUUAUACAAGGAUGGAUGGAAAUUUGAGUGAGCUGUAUGAAAAUGUACUGAGAAGCCCCUUGUUGGUCACUCCCCCACCAUGUGCCUCCACCCACAGUGCGUUUAGCCGAAGUAUCAAGGGAAAGUGUGAAGACCACGUGCUGGGAGCUUUAAACCACCUGGCAAAUAACCUUCUCCAUCCUGUGUCAUCUGGGUGUCUGUUUCUGCCCAUAUGCAAGCCAUGUCUCUGCAGGCUAAGUUCUGACAUUUGGGUCACAACAUGGUACACAGAAGAUGAGCAGUGGUGCUGCUCCUUAACCAUCAUUUCAUGGGCACUUUCUCCAGAUUCCACCCAGAACGCUAAAUAUGCCUAUAGCUCUAAAAAAAAAAAAAAAAAUCCCUUGAGGGAAGGUAUUGGGGACCCUGUGCAACAAAUAGUCAACCUCUGUGUUUGCUAUAAAGGAUUUAGUACUGUAGCUGAUUCAUCAGUAAAUGCUAAUAAGCAAUCUUUUUAUUUUAUCUAUUUUUUAUAUGAAUUUGUUGUUUUAAAUGUUACAAUAAGCUCUGGGCCUAAUCCUCCUAGACCAUAGCCUUAACUCCUCAAGGUAUCUUGAUAUGGAAUAUAUUUCUACUGUGAAUCUUCAUCAAAACAAAUUAAUCUCUUCAGGAUCAUGAGUAAUUGAUACAAUCUCUUUCUCCGUGUGCAGGUCCAGCUUCUGUAACCAGUCAGUUCCCAGUUCCCUGUAAACUCUGUAUCCUUCAACAGUUUGUGUUUUGUUCUGAAACUGAACCCCAGAUCUUUUCUCUCUCUUGUGUGAUAAACAUGUUGCUUUUUAUAUCUGGAGGGAGCAGAAUUGAAAAAUAUUGCAAUAGAAAUAUGCAUUGAAUCUUUGAAGAAUAUAGAGUAGCACUAUUUGGCAUGCAACACAGUCCUAUGCAACUUUACUUGGGCAUUCAGUUGGGUUUAUGCCCAGUUAAGUGUGCUCAGUCUUAUUUCCAUAGCCUUAUGACUCAAGAACUUUAUCAUGUGAUAGGGCUUGGAGGGUGGUUGGCGUGCCAGGAUUAAGCUUGCACAUCUCCCUUUUGUAUAUUAAGUUAGUCACAUAACUGUUUGGAUCCAGCUCAUAAAGUGACUUUGUUUUUGCCCCCCCCCUUUAUCAUAUAUUUAUUUCUAAUAAAACAUAACCAAAUAUAAUAUAUGCCAAAGAAAAUAGAAUAAAAAUAGAGUAAUGGGAUAUCUAGAGCUGAGCAUACAGGAAAAGAUUUAUAUAUAUACAAACACACAAGCAUAACAAAUUAAUGUCACAAAAUUCAGAGUAGCACAAAUGGGUUUACUUUCUUCUGUACCUUAUUAUUCAAGUACAUUAAGAAAUGGCUCCAUUUCUCAAUGAAGAUAUUAUCUAGUUGUCUACCCUCUCUUCGUAUAUGUCAACCUAACCAUACAUACUGUUUUUCAGAUUUUGUUAGUCAUUCUCUCAUGGAUAGUGUUCUUAUUUCCCCCCCAAUUUUGACAAAUAGCAAUCCUAAUAGUAAUAGUAAUUUUGGCAGCAUUUAAGAGGUGCCAUGAAGUGACUUUGUAGACAGGGGACCUUAUAGAGACUCUACGGCCAAUACACUUCUGUGGAGUUUUGUUUAACAUUUAGAUUCUUCAUCCUGGAUUGUCUUUCAGCCUGAUAUUAUCAUCAGUGCGAGCGAAGGUAUGUCUGAAGCUGUCAGAGCUCUUCAGUUUUAAUCAGUUUGUGUAAUUACAAUGCUAUCUUUUUUAAAACAAAACAAAACACCAAGUAUGUUCUAUCCUGAUAUUUAAGAUAUUAAAAAACUACACUCAAGUGGGUUGGUGGAAUAUCUGACUCAAUGAAGAACUAGUUAUGAAUCAGUAACUUCUAAUGUAGUAUAGUAUCAUAAUGUGGUUGUAAGGGAAUGUUUUGGUCAGAUGUUGGAGUUUGUUUGUACAGGCAUUAUAUAAGGACAAAGAUGCUAUAUGUAAAGUCUGGCUUGGAAGCGGUUCAUAUUACCGUUGUAAGUUUAGAUUCCUUUUGAAAAAGAAUUUGCUAUUGGUUGUUUUUUCCCCCCCAGGUUACCUCUGGAAUCUGCAGGUGAAACUGGAGCCUAUAGUAAAUCUCUUACCAGACAAAGGAAAACUAAUGGACUUUCUUCUUCAGAGAAAAGAUUGCAAGAUGGUUAUUCUUGCUGUGUGUUCUCAGAGUAAGAUUUUGCUUCCAGUUUCCAGGAGCUGUUCUUUUGAAAAACUUUGGAAGAAGUUAAUUCUAAAAUCACUCUCUUGCAUACUAUGCCAUCCCCAUAUUAAGUACCUAAAGUAUCACUGGCCUCUAGUUAGCAUAAGAAAAUUUAAGGGUAACUAUAUUAUGGUGAUUACCAGCUAGUUUAUUGUAGUAUGAAAUGUGGUUCGGAGCGAUGCAUAAAUACAGAUACUAAUUUUCAGAGGUAUUUGCAGAAUUUAAUAUGCCAGUGUUCCUUGCCACUAAUUUCGUCGUGUGUGUUUUUUGUUGCAGUGUUAAGUGAACCAGACGGAGGAUCAUUGAGUGUGGUUGCUACCGUUUUUGACAAACUCAAUCAUGAAUAUAAGAAAUACUUGGAAGCAGAGCAGACUUACAAUAUGGCAAGUUAUGAACAUCAUUUUCUUUGCCACAUGCCUUGUAUAUACUGUUUCUGAUUAGCAAUAAUCUUUGAUCACGGAUUUGACAGUGUUCAAAUCUGUAAUUCCUUGCACAAUGAAAAGUAGAUUCUAUAAUACACACACACACACACACACACACACACACGUAACUAAUGCUCAAAUAUGAUCACUGCAAUCCCUAAAAAAGGAACUAGUUAAUUUUUAAUUGGGGGGGGGGGAAUAAUUCCACACCAAAGCCCACUAAAUAUGUGAAGCUGAAUGUUGGAAGAUUCAGGACAGAUAAAAUAAUGUACUUCUCCAGGCAGUGCAUAGUUAGGCUUUGGAACAUACUCCCAUAGGAGGCUGUGAUGGCCACCAACUUGGAUGGCUUUAAAAGAAGAUUAGACAAAUUCAUGGAAGAUAAGGCUAUCAUUGGCUGUUACCCAUAAUGACUAUGCUCUGCCUCCACAGUUGGAGACAGUAUGUAUCUGAGUACCUGUUGCUGGAAUCUGCAGGAGGGGAAAGUGCUUUUGUGCUCGGGUCCUGCUUACGGGCUUCCCAUGGACAUCUGGUUGGCCACUGUGAGAACAGGAUAGCCAUUGGUCUGAUCCAGCAGGCUCUUAAUAUUCUUACGUAUUUGAAGGCAUUGCCAUUUUGAUUAAAAGUUAUAGUUCUGGUUUAAUUCUGAUCUUACUUAUUUUGUAUACCUUCCUUUCUUUGAAGAUCACAGGGCAGUUCACUACAUAAAAAUACGUCUUUUGUGUUCUCAUUUUGUAACAAAAAAACAGAAACAAACCAAUAACCCCCCUCCCACAAACACAUUUAAAGGCCAUAGAUGGUUUAAUAAGCCAAAAGCUCUGUUAUAGAGAAACAUUUUCACUUGGUGCCUAAAGAUACGUAAUGAAGGCGCCAGGUGAGCCCCCCUUGGGGAAAGCAUUCCACAGACUAGGAGCCACUGCAGAAAAGGCCCGUUCUCGUGUUGCCACCCUCAUGGAGGAGGCACACGAGACAUAAACAUGGAUUUUGGUUAGUCAUUGGAAUCUAUUACCAAGUAAGGCGUGGUAGCUGACUAAGUUUUGAGUAGACUGAUUAAGUUAAUAAACGUUACUUACAUUCAAUAAUUUCAGUGGGUCUACUCAAAUAUGACUUUGUCAAAUACAACCCAAUGUAUCUUGGUGUCGAGGUAUAAAAUUAGUAAGUGUUAUUAGCCCUUCAAUAUAUGUUAUAUCUCAAAAUAUUUUCUGGUAUUUUUCAGGCACUAGAAACUGGGCAGAGCAGAAGCAAUCCACCUCCCAAACGGCCAGUUCGUACCCAGGCAGUUAUUGAUCAGUCAGACAUGUAUACACAUGUUUUGUCUGUUUUUACAGAAAAAAAGGUUGGUUGAUAAAGACACACCAGCAUGCUGAUUUAACUUCAUAGGUCUUCAUAUGUUAGUUCAAAGGGAGGCAAGUAUUAAUCACAGCUGACAGUAACUAAUACUGUUGUGGUAAACAGAAGGUAAUUUGUCAGUUUCUCUGAAGCAGGAAGAAAGUCUGAAUAGCUGUCAAUCAGACACUUUAAACCUGGGGGUUCUUAUGUCCCCCCGCCACAUGCUGUCUUCUCCACAUUGCACCAGAUAUAUAUUUUUAUCUGACAGGUGGUCUCCCUAGUGUGUAGUGCUCCUCUUCUGGCUGCUUGUUAUUUCUUACUGAGCUUUUACUGCCCAUGUCCACAUCAUUCCUAAAACGAUAGCCAACCUUUUCACUGGCUGAAGAGCAGAGAGGACUUUUGUACCUGUGUGUUGUAGGUACAAGGACAAAAAUUGAGUCGAUGGAGGCCAUGGGAAGAAAGGCGGAAGCAAGGACUAUGGCUGCAGGUUAGGUGAGAGAGAGGAAGUUGGUUGACAGAGAGAGAGCUUAUUUUCUGGUGCUCAGACCCCACUUCUGCCUUGUUGUACUGCCUCUUGGGCAAGUUACUUACCUUCUAGGCUCACCAGUUUGACUUCUGUAAUGAGUGUUUUGUGACUGAUGAUGGUCAUGAAUGGGACACAUUCCCCCUUGGCAGACAUUUUGUGACACUUUCUCAAAGGUAGAAACGAGUCCACAAACUAAAAAAUUGACUCCUGAUUUAAACAGAUUCUUUAUUGGAGUUGAAGCAUCUCCUUUAGUAAAUUCUCCUUUUCCUGUUUAGGAAGCACCUCACAAGUUCACUAUAGCUGUCCUAAUGGAGUAUAUUCGCUCACUCAACCAAUUCCAGAUAGCUGUUCAGGUAAAAACUUAAAAUGUCUUAUAUAAGAUUAUGAUUCUCUAUGCUGGUUAACUAUUUUUAGACUGCACACUAGUUACCAAUUUUUGAAAUAUUAAAGCUGUUUAUUUAUUAAUUAAAAUGUGCUCAUUCUCCUUAAACAGACAUUCCACAUUCUUUUACAGAACCGUUGGCAUUAGUUUGCAUGUAAUGAUAUAUGAAGUUUUAGAGGCGAUUUGAUGUGACAGAGCAACUUAUAGAUAUCAACUAAGUAUAAAUAUGACAAAUAGCAUUGUGAAGAGUUUGGGCUAGUAAUGAACAGAUGUGUUGGGAUCAAAGCUACAAUUGUACACAUUUUUUUCCUUCUGAAACUCUGGAGUGUUUGCUUAAAUAUUCAGGAUUGGAAAUGAGCCUUUGUAAGUGUGCUAAUUUUGAGCCCUUCUGUUGUCAUCUUUCAGUGUAAGGUUUUUAGUUCACGUGUGAAGAUACAUGCAUCCAUACAGUUGGAGAAAGUCCAGUCGUUUGCCACCACCUCUCAUACACUGCAUUACCCUCCUUCAUAUGGAGAGCUCUGCUCACCCAAUAGUGUUAGGUAGGCUGGAUUAGUCUUAAAGGUAGUAUUGAGUUUCAAGUUGCUUUCAGCUACAGCUCCUUCCAUCCAGGCACUUGAACCUCCAUUUGCUUGUCCAGUCUUCCUGCUCCAAAGGCCACAAAUGCUAUAGGGAACUAUCAACAGGGCAGGCUCAUGAGAAAAUGUCUCAAUUCCCUUUCAACCUCCAGAAAAGAAAAAAGAAAAAUCUGUUUGAGUAUUCUUACACCCAGUAAACCCCUUCCCAACAGAGAAAGUAUGGCGUUGAAAAGAAUUUCGCUCAAGUUGAAGAAAAAUCCAGAAGCAGAGAAGGGGCCAACUUUGCUCUUUUCAGACUUCAUGUCUGUUCCUGCUGCCUUCUUCUCACUGGCCAGCUGGCCAAGAGGUUGAAGUAUGAUGAGCUGCAGCCAAAGAGCUUACUAACCUAUCUGAAGAGUUCAGAGCAGGGCAAGGGGAACCUGUGGCCCUCGUCAUGUGAUUGGACUCAGAGUCCCAUCAGCAUGGCCAGGGAUGAUGGGCAUUUGCAUCUGGAAGGCCACGGGUUCCCCAUCUCUGCUAUACAGACUAGUAGCCUUUAGUUCUACUAAGUUCUAGUAUUGAAUUCAGAAAAUUAUAGUAUUUUUUUUAAAAAACAACACCCUGCAUGUAUAAGUCUAUGUGCCCUUUUUCAGUUAACUUUUCUUGUGUUUCACGCCCUAGAACUAAGGUGAUAAGGUAGUAGUUAAAUACUUGCCUAGUUACUACUGGUUUAAGCAGUCUUUUUCCUUGCCUCCUUAGCAUUAUCUAUAUGAACUCGUUAUCAAAACCCUUGUUCAGCACAACCUAUUCUAUAUGCUUCACCAGUUCCUGCAAUAUCAUGUUCUCAGUGAUUCAAAACCUCUGGUAAGUUAGUUUCUUUUGUCCUUCACCAUACGGCUUUCAUUGCUUCUUGGUUAAUUCUAUGCUGCCCUUUCACCAGACUUUGUAGGUGUAUCUUCAUAGCAGGAAUCUGGACUCUGGCUCACACUAUUUUCAACCAUGCUACUUUUAGGUUUAACACAUAAUUGUGAAGUAUUGAGACACUGUUGAACUUCAUGUUUCAGGCCUGCUUGUUACUGUCAUUAGAGAGCAUUUACCCUCCAGCACAUCAGCUCUCCCUGGAUAUGUUAAAGGUAAGUACACAGAGAAAACUUGUGAUUUCCUUGUCUGCUUAUAUACCAACAAGUAAUCAUAAACAAGUAUAAAUGAUCAGAGGUUGUAAGUAAUGUAAAGAUAUAAUCUUUAUGUCCAGAGUACAGAAAGGAUGAUUUGUCUUACCUGAACAGUAGAUUUAUUAGGUGGAUGAUGAAGUAUUCAGAUUGGGCUGUUCCUUUUGCAUGAGACUCAGAGAAUUGUGGGAGGUAGACCAUUUCCCCUCAGUUUUUCCGACUUGCCAAGCAGGAGCAUCACGACAAAAAUCUAAAACUAAAUUAAACACAAGGCCUACCUCCCCCUGCCUAACACGUGAACAGGAACGAAAGUAAAGAAAGUAAUGUGCAGCAGCAUGGGGGGGAAACCUGCAUGUCAAGAAAACAAACCCCCCAUGAUAAAACUCAGGCAUAUAAUAAAUUAUAAUGUCAUAUAAUGAAUACAGUAAUAAACCCUGCUCAUGAAAAUGAUUCCGCUGCAGACCCACAUAGGGAUGGUUCUGAAUACUUCAUUGUCCACCUAAUACAUCUGCUAUUCAGGUAAGACCAGUCAUCCUAUUUAUUAUGGUGGACGAUGAAGUGUUUGGAUUGGGACAUACCACAGCAAUUCCCAACUGGGCGGGACCCAACUGCAGUUGAGCUAACUAUAGAACCUGAUGAAGAACUGUGCAGCCAAAGGCUGCAUCACUUGAGGCUAAAAGAUCUAGCCUGUAAUGCCUAGUGAAAGUAUUGGCCAAUGCAAAGUAGCUACUUUACAGAUAUCCAGCAGGGAAGCAUUGGCAGCAAAGACCGCCGACAUAGAGGCUGAACUGGUAGAGCGUGGAAAUAUACGUGAUGGAGAAGGUAACUUAAGAGACUCAUAAGCUGACAGUAUGCAAGCACGCCGCCAUCUGGAUAAUGUGGCAGAAGAAACUUUAUUUCCCAGAGAUGAAGUAUGAAAAGACACAAACAAGACACCUGUAGUUCUAAUGUUCUUUUGUACGAUGGAUCUUCAAAGCCCGCCGCACAUCCAAAGAAUGCCCAAGCCUUUUCUUAUGGAUGCUGCGGAUUAGGACAAAACGUUUGAAGCACCAACUCCUGUUGAAUAUGAAAUCUUGAAGGUACUUUUGGUACAAAAGUGGGAUCAGUGCGAAGCACAACCUUGUCUUUGUGGAAAAUACAGAAGUGUUUGGCCAGCGAUAAGGAGGCAAGAAGGGCAUCCUUCAAAAGAAGCAGGCAAGUUCACAUUCAAAACUUCUGAUAAACCGUGACCCAUUGGUGAAAAUGAACUUUGCUCAUUAGACCCUAAUUGGGCAUCAGCAAAACCCUGAAAUUCAGGCUCAGAAUCACAGGACAUGGCUAUGUCAUUUAUAUUGCCAGCAGGUGGCAGUAAAACCUCACUAGAUAACUGAGCCAGGGCUGGGUGGCUGAGUCAUGGAUUGCUCUGAAGGAGGUUUGUUUACAGGCGGUAGACCUUACCAACAACACGGGGGGAGGGGGGAAUGAUGGCCCUUAACACAGAAAGAGUGAUUUGAGUGACUGUGAAAAGUAUUAGAGGACCCUGCUAGGUUUAGCUGCUUCAACUUUUGUUUCACUUUUUUAUGUGGAGAGGCACCCAAGCCUUGCAGAGACUCAUAAGGAUGCCAUCAAAAUUUAGUGGGAGGAAAUUGAGGCACUGAAGCAGACUGCUGAUUCCGUUAUUAUUGCAGGCAAAACAUGUCGCAACAGCCCUUUGCGCCGCUGCAGCAGACAGGAGAAAAAGGAGUUGGAAGCUUAUUUUCUUUGUCCCUCCCUUUCUUUGCAGAAGCAGCGAUUCUUGAAGAAAAGCUGAUGCGCUGAAUAAAGGGUCCAAAAGGACGCUGAGAGUAAGGCGCAGAGUGGCUGGUAGGGAAACAGCGCACAGUCACUGCAGGAGGCAGCCUGUGACGCAAAAAAGUUGAAGGAAAAGGCAACUCAACCGCUGGCAACAGCCAGCAACAAGGAAAAGAGAUCGAAAUUAAGAAAUUAAUGAAAAAAUAGAAGUAAAACACUGAACCUAGAAUAGGGAAACAUGUUUAGCAGGGAGACAAUGGUGCUUUUUUCUUUUUACCUCAGCAGAGGACACAUAAAAGGACUGACACCAAACAGUAACAAAGACAGGCAAAGUUGCCAAUAAACAACUAAGGAAGAGGAAGAUUACUAAGUAACUAAUAAUAACAAAGAAAGUAGUUAAAGAGGACUCAGCUGACUCGCAGUCAACAAAACAUUGAGAGCUGGGAGAGCCAAACUGCUCAGUCCUAGGCAGGAGGGAAAAAAACUGAGGAGAAAUGGGUCUACCUCCCACAAUUCUUUGCUCCUGCCUGAGUGUCUUGCAAGAGGAACAGCCCAAUCUGAACAUUUCAUUGUCCACCAUAAUAAAUGGCAAGAUCAUUCCCCUUGUGUGUUGGAUUUAGGGUUUUCAUUAGUUCAGCAGGCACUAAUUGUAGUCACUUUGCUUUCAGAGACUUUCUACUGCAAAUGAUGAAAUAGUGGAAGUUUUGUUGUCUAAACAUCAGGUACUGGCUGCCUUGAGAUUCAUCAGAGGUAUUGGAGGCCAUGAUAGUAUUUCUGCUCGAAAGUUUCUUGAUGCAGCAAAGCAGACGGAAGAUGAGAUGCUAUUCUAUACCAUAUUCAGGUUCUUUGAGCAGAGAAAUCAGCGAUUGCGUGGAAACCCUAGCUUCACUCCAGGUAAAGUGUCCAUUUGCAAAGUGGGGAGGGAAGUGUGUCAAGAUAAUCCCAGCCAGCCUUUAUCUUUUUAUAGAAAAGUUUAUUAAACAAGAUUGUGUCUUGUAAAUCUUAGUAAGCUGGGAUAGACUCAAGGUUCAGCAAUCUGUUCUUGUACUUUUGGCCACUUACAACCAAUGUUGGUUCCAAAUCUGCUUUACUGGUAAAUAUUUUCAGUGAGCCCGCUUAAGGGAAAAUUGGAAAAACCGCUGUGGUUUAUAGAGUGAAUUUAGGGACUUGGCUAAGCCAUUUAAAUGGAGCUUGGCCACAUUUUAGUGAAUAUUCGUACAAGUUUAUUAAGAUAACUGAACAGUUGAGGUAUUAAUACACAACCUGUGGUAAGUUGCCCCUGCCCCUCCGUAAGCUCUCUAGACCAUACAUUUUUAGAACACACUAGCUUUUUAAGAAGUUUAAAGCACUGAUUUACAGAGUUCAAAUAAAGAUAACCCACCACAAACUGUACUGUUUUGCUCUUAAAAUAUCAUUUCUGCAAUUAAAGGCACUGUGUCUACAUUUUGAAUACUGAUUUGACAGAUUCUUGUAGAAUGUGGAAAAUGACAACUGUAGUAAAGACCAUUUAAUAGAUGGGUAGUGGUUGUGGGGAGCCUGCUGCUAUAUAUGUUUUGGGUUUUAGGGAUUCACUUUUAGUCAGAGUGACAAAAGUGACACCCACCACUUCAUAAGAGUGCAAGUGGAAGGAGGACUUAUUUCGCUGUAGCUGUUUGGCAUCUGAUUACAUUAUACUCAACAUCAACCCCAUUUGAUUUAAUUGUGGCUAACUUGUUUCUUUAUUUUAAUGGAGGUACUCUGAAUAUGACUUAAUUGAAUACUUCCCUUGGCCAGGGAAGAGUAUAGGUGCCUAGAUGCAUGCAUAUAUCACCGUUUUUACCUUGAAAGUCCUCCACACUCAAAUCAUGAAAGGCCUUCUUUCGUGUAUACCAUGGUGUGGAUUUCUUAGUAGCAGGGUUUAAGCAUAACAGUGAUAAAGAACAUAGACAUGCAUCCUUCCCCUCAAUUUGAUUAGGUAUGUCCCAGUGUUUGCGGCAAUACAUUCAGACUAUCAGAUUCCCAUAAGCCUUGUAAUUUCAUAUUGUGACUGAUAUUGCCAAGAAAGUCUCAUGGACAAGUGCUGAAGUUUGGACAAGAGGAGGGUAGAGAAACUAUUCUAGUUCUGGCUGAAGUGGCAUGUUAUUUUGAUUGUGCUGCGAAUCCAGUUUUGUCAUAGUAGUAACUUAGCAUACAACAGCAGUACAUAUUACUUAAACUACUUCCAGUUCAUCAACUCUUGGUACAAGGUUUCAGUGCAUAUUUUUUUUGGAUGUACUACAUGUUAUUGAGCUGGACCAGUGGUCCUGUCUGACAGGUAGUGUGAUCAGUCUAGAAAUCCUCAGGAACUGCAUUCAAAUUAAAUAAAGUACUGGAAGGUAUUUCAGAUUUAAUUCCACAGUCUUUUUUGUCUGUUUUACAGGAGAGCACUGUGAAGAGCAUGUUGUGUUUUUUAAGCAGGUUUUUGGAGACCAAGCGCUAAUGAAGCCUACUGCUUUCUGAAGUAGAAAAGCUAUACAAAAUGUAUAAACUUAAUUUAUUGCAUUUUAUGUACUGAUACUUUUGACCUACAAAAAAUCCUAUUUUAUAAUAAAGUAUAUAUACACACAGACCCUUUGGCAAAUUAUUAAAAUAUUAUUUUUCCACUAAUGGCUCAUUUGUCUCUCCUAAAAAUAGAGCCACAAAUUGCAUUGACCUGCAUUUAAAAAGUAGUGUCAGUGGGUCAGCAAUCUAUUCUCAUACAUGUCACUUUAGAUUUCAUCAGGAACGCAAUUUCAUUGUGUGAAACACUUUCACAAGAAUAAAAACUAGAAUGUAUUAAAUAAUAAUAAUAAUUUAUGAUCCUUCCAAUUUUAGUAACACUGUAACUGAAAUAUGCAGUACUUCCUGAGUCCAAGUUGUUCAGAACUACUGGUCAUCUACUUGGGUAGAUCUCUAAUCUGUCCAGUAAUAGUGGUUUGUAGUUGUGCGACAGUAGUCAUAGAAACUUGCUGAAACUUAUGGUGAAAAGGGCUUCAGGUAGAAUUCAACGAGUCCACUGACCACUUUGUUUAAAAUGGCUAGAAGAAUAAGAGUCUCUCUCUCUCUGUACCUUUGUUUCUCUCUUGUGCUGCACGUGCUUUAGCUUUAUUUACUGAGGGUCCUGUGAAGAAAAAGGAAAAAGUUACCAGUUUGAUAGUGGUUGGUUCUGCAGAGACAGAAGUAGUAUCCCAAAAUCAGUUCGCUUGAAAUAAUUAUUUUCCUUUGAGUGAAGGUGUUCUCAGAUGGGAUGAGAGCUGUCCUUGCAGGCAGAGACUUCUGCAUUUACCCCACCAGUUUUGACUCCUGCCUUCAUGCUGUGGAGUCAUAUCCUACACACUAUGAGCAUAAACAAACCAAUUCAAGACAUCACAUUAAUACAGAAUGAAGCUCAAGCUGCAACCCUUAUGCACCCUCAAGAGUUAAAAUUCCAGGUCAACUUGUACAUAUUGAGCAAGAUCUUACCUAUAUAACUAAGUAGGACGGGAAGAAAUAUUAGACCAUGGGUUGCUCCAAGUAGUACCAUGGCUAGAUACAUCCUGAAGUAGAAGAUCUGGAAAAUCUGGGAUUUGGAAAAGGCAAGCACUACUAUUCCUCCAAAUUUUGUGAGAGUAAUGCCACUGAAAACCUGACAAAGGGGGAAACAGUGUUUAGUUUUAUACAAUGCAUUAAUUGAAACACAACAGGAAAUUGCUACUGUCAUUUAUAAAGCAUUGUUUUUAUUCUAAUUAACUUUAUCUUGCACUCUCAGUAAGUAUGUCACUACAGGCUAUGCUCUGUACCAGCUAUCAGGCCUCCUUGAGAGGGAGAUAGGCAGUGUUAGAAACAGAUAUGAAAGCUAGGAGCUAAAUGGCACCUUAAGCUUAGGUUAUGGGUGCAACAACAAUGUCUAGGUGUGCUUUUUAAAAUAAUAAGAAUACAACACUGAAAAUGAAUGAACUGCUGCUAAAAUAUUAUGUUCAUUUUUCACAUGGUCUAGUUUUCCCACUGCUAAUCCUUAAGGAUAUUCCCCUAAUAUCCAGUCUUCAGAGAGUAGCUGGAAAUGGGGAGGCAGAAAAAGGUCCUUUCCUUCCACUCUGCAGUUUUAAUUUGAAACCUUAGGCCAGAUCUCAGAAACCACUUGUGCUAAUGAAAUUCCUGUCACAAAAUGCACCUAGAACAAUGGGAGUUUUGAACACUGGAGAUAGGAGCAUAUCCUUAAGUGGUUUCUAGUGCCACGACAGAAUAGUUUUCAAAACAAAAUACUUACAGAGCUGCCCAUGUGGGAUAAUGCUUCUUCAGCGCGCUCUGCUCUGGUUGCUUUUGUACUAACAGUGAAUGCUCUUGUCACAUGGCUACAGAAUUCAACAGAGAUACCACAACUCUGGAAAGAAGACAGCAUAGGUUAAGCAGCUUACUGCCACAGAAUACUCCAUUUUCAACAUUCUGGGUUUGAUUUUUUUUUAAAAGGAAGUUUCCUACACUUAUGUACCUUUACUUCCAGCCGGAAUGGGGAACCUUGGGGUCAAAGGCCUAAUAUGGUCCUCCAGGCCUCUUUAUCCAACUUUUAGCAUUAUCCAUAGGCUACACCCUUUAUAUCAGCUCUGCACCUUUCCUGGACUCAUUUUUAAUGUCUUACGAUUCAUUUUAAAUUGUUCUUAUUCAUUGCAUGGUUAAAAAAAAUGUUUUCUGUAUACCACUUAGAAGUUCUGAAUAUUAAGUGGUAUAUAAAUGUCUGAAAUAAAUUGCCUGUCACUAGUAUAUGGAAGUUGUCACGUAAGAGAACAUUCAGCCCUUGAGUAAAAAAGCCUCCUGAGCUAGAAGUAGUUCUCUUGACAUGGAAAAUGACAAUGUAUUUAGGCUAGAGAGCCAUGUCUGUGCUAAAGUAUUUCUUACUCUCUGGCCUACUGAUGAGUGUAGGGCCUGAGCAGCCCCAGGAUGCUUUAAUCAGCUGGCAGGUGAGGCUAGCUGAGAGAAGGAAAAGAGGAGAGAGUGGAAUGGGAGCACCUUAUAUUCUUCAUGUUCUUUCUACUCUGAAAACAAAAGAGGACUGAGGAAGGAAGACACAGCAGAGAAAACAAUGCAGCUGGGAUUAGGCUUCAGUGUCAUUCAGCCCUUCCAAAGUUGAAAAGAGACGAGUUCGUGUUAUUUUGCAAGAAAGUUUUUGGGAGGAGGGGAGAGAACAAAGUAAGAACAGGGACCCUUGGAUUUGAUGCCAACUUCUGUUUUCUAAACCCCUUAGCCAAAGGAUCUGAUAACAUACACUAAAGGGUACACUGCAACAUUUUCCAGUGGGGUGGACCAAGAGCCCUUGUUUUACAAGUUGGUAUCCAGGCUGUUAUUCCUGCAUUGCAGGAGGUUGGACUAGAUGACCCUUGGUGUACCUUCCAACUCUACCGUUCUAUGAUAUUAAAUUUGCCUACGUAACAUAUUACAGUGGAUUUACAGUAUUCUGAACCAGAUUUUUGGUCAACAUGCUUCCCCGUCCAGAUGUUGCUGGACUCCCAACUCCCAUCAGCUCCAGCUAGCCUGGCCAAUUGUCAGGGAGGAAGGUAGUACUAUUUCAGCAACAUCUGAAGGGCACCACAUCGGCUAACGGCACAUAGCAUUUGCCGUUGACGCCAAAAGUUGAGAGAGCAGAUAAAAAAAAGAUGAGGGUGAACUUACCAUGACAAGAUUAACCAAUGAAACUGCAUUCAGGCUGAUGCCCCAGAGCCACAUGACUCCAAACAUGUUGACCAGGAUCAUAGCAAUGGUAAGGGUAACAACAAUGGCAGCCCACACUUCAAAACCAAGCAGCACCAUUGUUACUAAGAAUAUUGAUCCAAGGGAAAUACUGAGGUUAAAGACGGUGUCUUUUACAAUAGUGAGAUAUUGUUCGUAGAAAACAUAGAACACACUAUAUAAAGAAAACAGAAAAUGUUCACAUUGGUAACAGAUUAACAGAAUAAGUCUUUUGAAUGCUUGGCUACUUUGCUAUCUUAAUUCUAAAUUAUUAAUUUCGUCUCGUUCUCAAAAGAGAAUGCCACUUUCAGAUUUUUCAAAAAGUUUGGCAGAGGAAAUAGGAUUAAUCUAGACAUUUUAAAAAGCCAGGAUGCAGAGAGUAGUCAUGCUCUCGCUUAUAGAGUUUAAUUUUAACCUAUGUAUGUUCUCUAUCACUAUAUGUCUAUAUUUCUGGUCUGUGACUGUAAUAAAUCCAUUCAUUCAUUCAUUC